AUGGACAUUGAUGAUUUUGAUUGCAAUUCUACUGAAAUGGAUACAGAGAUGGAAUCAUUUACACGCGAGGAGCUGCUAAGCGAGGCAAUUGACGAAGCGUUUCUUGAGACUACCGAUGGUGACGACAGGGAAGAGCUCACACUGGAUGUUGACACUGCUGAAGAGAUCGUCCAGGAAAUAACCACCAAAGACCGUGUAGAUGCCGUCCGCAAUGUGCUGCUUACCUAUUGGAUCACCCCGACUUGGAAUACACGCUGA